GUGUGCCCAGGCUCAGGUCUCAGCACAGCAGGACAAGCCGAGCCCCCUGCAGGUGCAAGACAGGUGCAUGGGGCAAGGUUCUGGCCGGCCAGUCUGGGACAAAGGAGCCUCACUAGGGAGCCGAGCCUGCAGCCAUGAGCUCUGCCUCCAGUGAAACUGGUGACCGGGCCCCACCGCUGGAUGCCGUGAUCCAGAAGUUGGAGGACACCAUCCUGAGCCCCACCGCCAGCAAGGAAGACCGGGCACUGACCAUGCGUGGGGAAGGACGGCAGGCCUCGCCCACCCCUGUGCCUGCCCGCAUCCGCGAGAUUGUGGCCAGCAGCCUGGGCAGCGAGUCACCCCGAGGGGCACUGCAGCUGCCUGCCGCUGUGGCCCGCGUGCAGGAGGAGAGCGAGCUGCUUCAGGAGGAGCUGGUCCGGCUGGCAGGCCUGCUGGCCCAGGCAGGCGCUGAGCGGGAUGAGCUGGCUGGCAGGUGCCAUGCGUUCAGCAAGCGGCUGCAGGCCCAGCUGGAGACCACCGAAGCACAGCUGCGGAGGUCAGAGCUAGAGCACAGCGUGGACUUGGAGGAGGCCCUAGGCCACCUGGAGGCCUCGGAGCAGAGGAGUGCCGGCCUCGCCCAGGUGAAUGCCCUCCUGCGAGGACAGCUAGAGCACAUGCAGAAAGCCAAUGACAGGUUGGCCCAAGAGCUGGCCAGGGCAGCGGACAGUGUGGUCCACCUGCAGCGCCAACUGAAGCUGAGGGGUGCAUGGCACUGGACCAAGACACAGGCCUGGCCUCCAGGCCCCAGGGAGCCCCAAGACUUGCUCCUCUUGUGGAGACAGGUUAUGGCCCUGCGGACACAGCUGGCAGAGCUGCGGGCAGCCACUGAGAGGGGUCUUUCAGACAUGCGAACAGACAUGGCCAGGACAGCGCGGCGCCUGCACACAGCAUGCCUCAGCCUCGACUCCAAUCUUCAGCUGGCGGCCAAUAGUGCAGCCAGCUCCCUGGAGCAGCGGCUGCGGGAGCAGGUCCAAGAGAUGCUGCAGCUGCAGGGCCGCUGGGAUGCAGAGAAGGUGGUGCUUCAGGCCAGGCUCUCUGAGCAGACACUACUGGCAGAGGAGCUCACAGAGCAGAGCAAGCGGAGGGAGAGGACGAUCGCAUCCCUCAAGCUGAACAUCCAGAGCCAGGACUCCCAGCGGCGCAGUGGGGGCCACCUUGCCGAAGACACUCUGCAGCCCAAGGUCCAGUCCCUGCAAGACGAGGUCCAAUAUCUGCGGAGAGUCUUGACCAGCAUCGAGGAGGUGGCCCAGGAGGACACCAGGAGCCCAGAGCGGCCAUGGAGCAGCUUUGCUGAAAGCCAGGAGGUGUGGGGCAGACAGAGGAGCCCCCCAUGCUCCCCGUCCCCCGCUCCACAGGCCUGCUCCCCAGCAGGCCUGGACCCCUCGCUACGGGCAGUGCAAGCGGCCAUGAAGAGGAGAAGGCAGCAAGAGCAGAAGCUGCGCCUACAGCUGGAGUCCUCACGGGCCGUGGCUGCCGGACUGCGAGAGCAGCUGUCUGCAUGUGAGAGGGAGCUGUGGGCCUCUCAGAGGCUCUUACAGGACAGGGCGCAGGAGCAUGAAGACCUCCUGGGCCAGCUGGAGGUGCAGAGGCAUGAGGCACGGUGCUGCCAGGCAUCGGUUGAGCUCUUGGGAAGGGAGAAAGCAGCCCUGGAGAUGCAGGUAGAGGAGCUGAAAGGGGAGGCAGACAUCCUGGACGCAGAGAGGCAGAGGCUGGAGGCAGCCGGCAUGGAACUGCACAGGAGCCUGGCGCUGGGAGCAGAGCAGAGGUAGGGGCCUCAGGUCAUGACCCUCAGGGAUGACUUCCACCCUCUGCCUUCUGGCCUCAGCCAGGGGCGCCUGGAGCAGCUGGAGGAGAAGGUCUCCUUGCUCCAGAAGGAGCUGGUGUUGGCCCAGGAGGCACUGAGCACGGCCCAGCUGCAGAAGGAUGUGGCGGAGAGUGAGCGGGAGAACCUGCGUGGCAGCCUGGCCCAGGUUCAGUCCAGCAAUGCCAACCUGGAGCUGCUGGUGACACGGCUGAAGACAGAGGGGGUGGAGCAGCAGGACUCACUGGCUACAAUGGCUGCCCUGAUGGAACAGCUGGCCCAAGAUAAAGGCUCCCUGAACUGCCUGGUGCUCCAGGUCACAAGCAUGAAACAAGCCCUGGAGGAGCAGCUGGCACAGAGCCUGCAGGACCAGGAGGCCCAGAUGGACACUCUGCAGCAAGCCCUGCAGGAGAAGGAUGCUUUGUCUGAGGAGCGGGCCCAGCUCCUGGCCAAGCAGGAGGCCCUGGAGAGACAAGGCCAUCUUGCAGCAGAGGAGACAGCUGAUCUCAGGGCCCAGAGGGACUGUCUGGAGAGCGGCCUCUCUGAGGCCCAACAACUGGUGGCACAGCUGCAGGCCAAGCAGAAGCAGCUGGAGGAGGCCCGGAUUAUUCUGCAAGUGGAGAUGGAGCAACUGAGGAGCAACUGCAAGGCACAGGAGAUGAGGCUGCGGCAGGACGUGGGGCGGCUGCAGCAGCAGGUGGCCCAACAGGAGCGGAAUAUGAAGCUGGCCCUGGAGAGCCAGGCAACGAUGCACCAGGAGGACCUAGCUUGGCUCCAGAGGGAGAAGGAGACUCUCAGUCUGAGCCUGGCAGAGGAGAAGGAGGUGGCUGCACACCUGCAGAAGCAAGAGAAGGAGCUGGUGGCAAAAUGUACAGCUGAGAGGGAGGCUCUAGAGGAAGAAAUUCAGAGGCUGAAACAGGAGCAGGAUGAGAGCCUCCUCCAGCUGGAGCACAAGAUGCAGCAGGCCCUGUCUGCAAAGGACACGGAAAAGAGCCAGCUACACAAGGAGCUCUCCAGGGCCACACAGGAGCUGGAACGGGUACAGCAGGAGGCCCAGAGCCAACAGGCCCGUGCUGAGGUCACCAUCUGUACCCUGACAGAGGAGCUGAGGACCUCGCGGGCCCAGUUUGAGGGCGCUGUCUCUGCCCAUCAGCAAGAGGUGGCGGAGCUGAAAGAGAGCCUCAGGGAGACAGCAGCCCAGCAGAGAGACAUGCAGAGAGAGGCCCUGGAAGCUCAAAGGCGGAGAAUGCAGGCCCAGCUAAAUUGGGCCCAGGAAGCACUGGCCAGGCUUCACCUGGAACUGCAGGGCAGUGAGGAAAGCCUCAAGGGGCUGCGCAGGGAGGCCCUGGAAGCUCACCAGGCGCUGGGCACCCAGGCCCGGGAGAAGGAUGCACUGCAACACUCCAACGCUGAGCUGCGGGCCGCCCUCCAUAGGGCUGAGCAGGACAAGGCAAGACUGAAAAGGGCUGAAGAGACCAAGGAGCAGAAGCUGCGAGUGCUGGACAAGGUCCGGGUGGCAGCCCAGGAGGAGACCAGCAAGCUACGGGCCAGGGUGCAGGCCCUGGCGUGGUCGCAGGGGGAGGCCCAUCAGGAGCUGCAGGAGCAUCGCAGACAGGUGAGGAUGCUGGAGGCUGAGAAGCAGAGGCAGAACAGAGAGGUGAGCAUGCUGCAGGCCCGGUGCUUGCAGGAUGCCCAGCGACAGCAACGGAGCCAGCAGGAGGCGCUGCAGCUGCAGAGACAGGUGGCAGAGGCUGAGGCUGCUCACAAGGGUGCCCAGAAGGAGGUCCUGGGACUGCAGCGAAAGCUGGCAGAGGUCAAGGCUGCAGGCGAGGCCCAGGCCAGGCAGCUGGAGGGGCUGCUGUCAGAGCACCGAGGGGCCGAGCACACCCUGCAGGCUGAGCUGCGCGGUGUCACCAGGAGGCUGCAGCAGGCCAGCAGCCGGGCUGACAAACUCCAGGGCCGCCUGGACAAUGCCUGCAUCCUGGUGCACAGUCUGGAGCAAGAGCUGACCUGGGCCCAGGCCGCCCGGCGGCAUGCAAAUACCCAGCUGGACCAGCUGUGCUCUGUGCUGCGCCAUGGCCUGGGGCUCUGGGGACAGAGCCCAGUGGUCUCCCCACAGCACUCUGGCUCCCCAGCAAGAGGCUCCAACAGCUCCCAGGUUCACCCUGAGCAGCAGAGUGCCAGCAUCCCCGCCAGGCCCCACUCUCCACGGCUGUCACCUGCUCCUGAAGACCACAGCCCAGAGGUCAUGGACAUAGCCUCUGUGCAGGACGCCCUGGGAGACUUUGUUCAGAAGUUUCGGGAUGCCCAGCGGGAGCAGGACAACUGCCGCGUCCAGGUGACCAGCCUCAGUGGCCGGCUGAGUGUGGCGGAGCGUGAGUGUGCCCAAGCCCAGGGCCACGUAUGGCAGCUGCAGAGGGCACUGGCCAAGGCUGAGGAAGGCCGGCGCCAGGCAGAGGGGGCUCUGGGCAGUGCCCAAAUGGCGCAGGACCUGCAGAAGGAGGCACUCUUGAAGCUGGAGACGGAGCACUUGGCCAGCAUGCGGGCGGCAGCCCAGGACAGGCGGCAGCAGCAGGAGCAACUGGACAUGCUGCAGCAGGCCCUCGAAGAGCACAGGAGGCACAGCCUGGGCCUAAUGGGGAAGGGGCAGCGACUGCAACAGCGAGGCCCCCUGGUGGAGGCCCAGCUGCAGUCCACACGGACCCUGGCAUCCCGAGAGCAGACCCACCAGCGGCGGAUGAAAGGGCUGGAGGAGCAGAUGGCCAGCCUGAAGGAGCAGCUGGACCGGGAAGUGCAGCCACGGCAACAACAUGUCCACCUCCGCCAGGCCUCCCAGGCCAGGAAGUGAGCCUGCUGCAGACACUGUGGGGCUCAGCUGCCUGCAGCCCUGAACAGCCAGGCACAGGCUCCUCCAGGCAAGGGACCCAGGCAGGUGGGGACCUGGGCUGAGAAAGCUCAGCAGUGCUGCUGAGGAGGCCAAAUGCAGGAGAGGGCGUGGUCACCCACCCAUUUCCUGGGGCCUUCUGGUUCCACAGACUGCGAAGUCCCACCCAGGGCUUCUGCCAAUAGCUGGGCUGGGCUGGCCUGGGUGCUGGUCACUCCUCUCCAACACACUUCCCGCCACAGGGAGCAGGCUACGGAUGCCUCCUCAGCCCAGCCCACCCCUGGCCUGGCACUCAUUUCCGAUUUGGACGUGCCAUUCUUGCCAGACCCCAGUGGCUGGGCCCUGCCAGGCCGCCUUCCUCUGCCACAGGCUGCAUUCCCAGCCUUGCUCUGUAAACACUGGGAAGCACGUGGGAAACAUUUCCACCAACCGGAGCCAAAAACACAAUGUCCCACAAGGGCAGCUGCCACAUCCCACGUCCAGAAGCUGUGGAACCUCCCACGUCCAGGAACUGCCGCCUGUCACGGUGGCAGGUGUCUGGAAAUAACUCAAAUUCGAGUCCCUGUGACUCACUGACCAGGAGAGGCACUGGAGUGUGAAAUCUGAAGUUGUUCCAGAGGCUCCUGCAUCCCUGGUGGGGAGCUACUGGGAAAAUUCCCAUGGGAAUCUAGCCCAGUUGCCAUAGGGGCCUGUUAUAGCCACUUGGUGGCCUUUUCCCUGGUCUCCCUGAGGUGCUGGUCAGAGUGAUGCAUCUUCCUCUGCAAUGGCCCUCACGCUGUAAGCAGCACCUUUCCAGGACCAGGCACCAGGCUGAAGGAAAAUCCCGUGUGUCUUGGCCCAGGCUGCCCUCAGGGCCCCGUCAUGGAACACCACCCAUGCUGGCUACCAUGAGCUGUGACUGUGCUGUCAAAGGCUGUCCUAUCUGGUCAGCCCUACCUGAACUUAGUAACAGAGUAACACAUUCUAAGUCCUCAAAGCCAGGGCUAGGAAGGUGAGCAGAGGCCCUGUGGCCUGUCCACACUGCUCGCUCAUCAAUGGCAGAGUAAGAAGGAUCCAAAGCUCAGCCCAGCUCUGAUGGGACACUCCAGGCACAGGAGUUAGUGGUGGCAGAGUGCCCUGAUGGCUAUGUGUCCACCCACAGUGGCCAGGUACAGGCAGCAGUGAGCCAAUGCAGCGCUCUCUUGCCUUGGGGCCUGACAGCAUCCUGUGAAAUGCAGCAUGUGGCAGAUGUGUCUCCCCUCCUCCCUCCACACGUACCUGGAGGACAGCAGUGCCCUCUGGGAGGUGAAGCCAGGAGUUGGGCGGGUAAGGAGGGAAAAGGCUCUGGAUGCCUACCCUGCGCCAUGCCCAGAGUCUGAGGGAAAAGGACCAUGACAGCCACACAGCGACCUGCUCCCCAGAGCUCUAGAGAAAGUGCAGCCCAGCCUCUGAGAGGCCACCACAGUGAGAUUCCUCUCUUGAGCAUGGUCAGCCUCAAGGUGUCUGUGGGGCUCGGAGGUGGUCCUCAGGCUUGGUGCCUACAGAGGAUAGGCCCCAGAGUGCCUUAUGGACCCUGGAUUUCCAAACAAGUCUGUGUCCUAGGCUCCAUGUGCGGCUCUUGAGGUGGCCUCAGAGGACUUCACAGCCCCAAACCAAGUUUUCAGGGGCCACCCCCCAAGAUGUGGUUCAUGCUCAACGUUCCCAUCCUUACACAGCUCGGGACAGGCAUUGCAAAAAAAUAAAUAAAUCACAGAGAAUCAGAACAUAAAGGUCAUAACCACCCCCAAUGCUAAGGUGGACCUCAAAUGGCCUCUGUCCUCUGCAGGCACCAGGCCUUAGGGCCCCUCCUUUCCUUUGUCCAGCAUGCACAUUUUGUGGGACAGUUAAAGUCAUAUCUUGUGUACUACUUAGAACAUUACUUUUUAAAAGCAACUUUUACUGAUGUAAUAUCAUUAGGUUUUUCUGUGUCAUUAAAAAUGCCUCUGAAGCACAACUAUCAGCAGAGCAAGCUCUGGGGACUGGGAGGGAAGGAGAACAAAUGGGACUGUCCCUUCAGGGAGUCCGGGAUGCCUUCUGGAGCCUGGGUCACCCUGGCCCCAUGUGCAGCCCCUCAGCCAGUACUCAGGGGGCAGUGGUCUCCAUCCCCUGAAGGCAGGAGCACCCAGCACCUGUGCCACCUGCAGCAUCUGCUGCCUCCCUCUUUCCUUGGCAUCAAGCAACAUCACCUCUGGGGAAGUAAAGGCCAAGCCCCACCCCCUUGGCUCCUCCCCAGCAGGAACUUCUGAUGUCCUGCAUGGGUGGCAGGCGUGGGGCUUCAUGUGCACACAGCGAGAAGCAAGUCAGGCUGUGCAGUUCCCCUGCCCCAU